CAGAUACUUCUUCUUUCUGUUUAAGUGUAGAUAAACCAGCAGCCAAUGGGGUUGUGGUGAUAACUUGUCAUAAUGUAAUUGGUGGCUCCGCAGGACAGAAUAAUAUAAAAAUGAGCCAAACCCUCAGCAGAGCAGAGACUGGAAGGACUCUGAGAACCAUGGCUUCUCUUCAGAUACUUCUUCUCCUGUGUAUCACUGUUUCAGUGAGCGCAGCUGGACAUCUGCAGAAAAGAAUCUACGGAGGUAGAAACUGUAACGACAAUGAGCGUCGGUACCAUGUCAUGCUAGAACAAAAAAAUGGUACACACGUGUCUCGCUGUGGUGGCUCUCUAAUCAGUGAUCAGUGGAUUCUGACUGCAGCUCACUGCUGGAAAACGGCAUUGACUUCCAGUACUAUGAAUGUGAUUGUAGGAGUUCAUCCAGGUAACAAUAAGAAGAAAAUGGAAAUAAAUCAAGCAGACAUAUUCCCUUUUAAAGACACAAACAAUAACGUUCAUGACAUCAUGUUACUGCGGCUGCCUGAGAAAAUCACAGACAUCACACCCAUACAGCUUCCUGACUGUACUGGUAAAGAUGAGCCUGUAAUAAAUGACUUGGUUGAGGUAGCAGGGUAUGGCAACUGUAAAAUAGACCAGACAACUGGUUUAGAAGGUAAGGCUAUUAAUUAAAAGUCAUUAUUAAUUUACAUAUAGGUUACAGUGGUGGUAAUACUAUAUAAGAAAUAUUUCAGUUGCUAAAAGUACUGACUGAAAUAAAG